GUUGGAGAAUGGAGUCUUGAAGCUGAAGAGAGGAGCCGGGAUGUUGCCAGCAAUCUGGACUGGACUUCUUAUGCUGCAGUUUCAGGCAGCGCAAGGGCAGGUCUUGGAAGAAACCUAUCAGAAAUGGCUGAGGUAUCAGGUGGACUGCAUGAAGCAAAUGGACCGUGAGGCUUAUCCUUCAGGAGUCUACUGCAACCGGACCUUUGAUAUGUAUGCCUGCUGGCCAGAUGGGAUCCCAGGCACGCUGGUGAAUGUUUCUUGUCCUUCAUACCUGCCUUGGUUUGAUAAAGUGAGCCAGGGGGUGGUGCGGCGCAGGUGCGGGCUGGAUGGACAGUGGCUGCAGCUGGACAGCGGUCAGUCCUGGAGGGACGUCUCGCAGUGCGAGGACAAGGCUGAGGACCUAUCUGAAGAGAUGUGGUACAAGAAGCUGAUGGUGAGUUUCAGGGUCUUGUACACUGUGGGAUACUCCCUGUCCCUCUUCACGCUGCUCUGGGCUCUCAUCAUUGUGCUGGGAAUCAGGAAGCUGCACUGCACUCGGAACUACAUCCACGCCAACUUGUUUGCCUCCUUCAUGCUGCGGGCGGUGUCCGUGAUCGUGAAGGACGCCCUGCUGGAUCAGCACUGGGGCCGGGAGAUCAUGGCGUUGUCGGACCUGGCCGUGAUGCUGAGUCACCAGGCUGCUAUUGGCUGCAGGAUUGCGCAGGUGGUGAUGCAAUACUGCAUUCUGGCCAAUCACUACUGGCUCUUCGGGGAGGCCAUCUAUCUGUACACUCUUCUGAUUGGAGCAGUGUUCUCGGAGAAGAAUAAUUACACCCCAUACCUGUAUCUGGGCUGGGGAAUUCCUGUCAUUUUUGUGGUUCCAUGGACGGCAGCUAAAUAUUUGAAGGAAAACACAGAGUGCUGGGCCCUCAAUGACAACAUGUCCUACUGGUGGAUCAUUCGGUUUCCUGUUCUCCUGGCCUCGCUGAUAAACCUGGUGAUCUUCAUGAAGAUUUUGAAGGUGAUUCUCUCCAAGUUACGGGCCAAUCAGAAGGGCUAUCCGGACUACAAACUCCGGCUGGCUAAGGCCACACUGACCCUCAUCCCACUGUUCGGAAUCCACGAGGUGGUCUUCAUCUUCGCCACAGACGAGCAGACCACCGGCAUCCUGCGCUACAUCAAGGUCUUCGUCACGCUUUUCCUCAACUCCUUUCAGGGCUUUCUAGUGGCUGUGUUAUACUGCUUUUCAAACAAAGAGGUGCAAUCAGAGGUGCAGAAGAAGCUGCAGACCUGGAAAGUGGAGAGCGCUGCCCUCUGCUGUCCACAGCGAGAGGAAGGGCAGCGUGUCUUCAGAAGCAGCACUGCCCUCUGCUGUCCACAGCGAGAGGAAGGGCAGCGUGUCUUCAAAAGCAGCACUGCCCUCUGCUGUCCACAGCGAGAGGAAGGGCAGCGUGUCUUCAAAAGCAGCACUGCCCUCUGCUGUCCACAGCGAGAGGAAGGGCAGCGUGUCUUCAAAAGCAGCACUGCCCUCUGCUGUCCACAGCGAGAGGAAGGGCAGCAUGUCUUCAAAAGCAGCGCUCCAGCCACACUCUCCAGCUGGCAACAAGCCCCAUAAAUCUGAUACUAGAUUCAUGUCUGUGUUAUCCUACACUCUGUCUAAAUACCAGCAGAUUCAGGGAUUCGGAACAGUAGUCAGCCACUAGGGCAAUGCUUUGUAUGUAGAUACAGUCUCCUGUAUUUGAUGUUCUUAUUGUGUAAUCAUUUGAAGAGUGGCGCAAACCUUUUCUAACUGGGACCAACUUUUUAGUGACUUGGGUCUGCCGCAGCCCAUUAGUGUGCACCCCUGUUAAGCAU